CAGUAACUGCAGAAGCUCUUUGGACCUGCUGCUGGCUAAGGCUCCCAGCAUUAGUACCUCUAGUUGCUAGUCACUAUGCCUUCCUACACCGUCACUGUGGCCACUGGCAGUCAGUGGUUCGCAGGCACCGAUGACUACAUCUACCUUAGCCUCAUGGGCUCUGCGGGCUGCAGCGAAAAGCAUCUCCUGGAUAAGCCCUUCUACAAUGACUUUGAGCGAGGAGCGGUUGAUUCCUAUGAUGUGACAGUGGAUGAAGAACUGGGUGACAUCCAACUGGUUAAAAUUGAGAAACGCAAGUACUGGCUUCAUGAUGACUGGUACCUGAAAUACAUCACCCUGAAGACUCCCUGUGGUGAUUACAUUGAAUUUCCCUGCUACCGCUGGAUCACAGGCGAGGGAGAGAUCAUCCUGAGAGAUGGACGAGCAAAGUUGGCCCGUGAUGAUCAGAUUCACAUCUUGAAGCAGCACAGACGUAAAGAACUGGAAACACGGCAAAAGCAGUAUCGGUGGGUGGAGUGGAACCCUGGAUUCCCUUUGAGUAUUGAUGCCAAAUGCCACAAGGAUUUGCCCCGUGACAUCCAGUUUGAUAGUGAAAAAGGAGUGGACUUUGUUCUGAACUACUCUAAAGCGAUGGAGAAUCUCUUCAUCAACCGUUUCAUGCACAUGUUCCAGUCAUCCUGGAGUGACUUCCAUGACUUUGAGAAAAUCUUCGUCAAGAUCAGCAACACUAUAUCUGAGCGGGUCAUGAGUCACUGGCAAGAAGACCUCAUGUUUGGCUACCAGUUCCUAAAUGGCUGCAACCCUGUAUUGAUCCAGCGCUGCACCAAGUUGCCCAAGAAGCUCCCAGUGACCACAGAGAUGGUGGAGUGCAGCCUGGAGAGGCAACUCACUUUAGAAGAGGAGGUUGAGCAAGGAAACAUUUUCAUCGUGGACUUUCAGCUGCUAGAUGGCAUUGAUGCCAACAAAACAGAUCCUUGCACAUUGCAGUUCCUGGCUGCACCCAUCUGCUUGCUGUACAAGAAUCUGGCCAACAAGAUUGUGCCCAUUGCCAUUCAGCUCAACCAAGUCCCAGGAGAAAAGAACCCCAUUUUCCUUCCAUCUGAUGCGAAAUACGACUGGCUUCUAGCCAAAAUCUGGGUGCGUUCCAGUGACUUCCACAUCCACCAAACCAUCACCCAUCUUCUGCGCACACAUCUGAUGUCUGAAGUUUUUGGCAUUGCCAUGUACCGCCAGCUGCCUGCUGUGCACCCUGUUUUCAAGCUCCUGGUGGCCCAUGUGCGCUUCACCAUCGCCAUCAACACCAAGGCGCGUGAGCAGCUCAUCUGUGAGUACGGCCUCUUUGACAAGGCCAAUGCUACAGGGGGCGGUGGACACGUGCAGAUGGUGCAGAGGGCCAUGCAGGACCUGACCUACAGAUCCCUGUGCUUCCCUGAGGCCAUCAAGGCCAGGGGCAUGGAGAGCACAGAAGACAUUCCCUACUAUUUCUACCGGGAUGAUGGGCUCCUAGUGUGGGAAGCCAUUAAGACGUUCACAUCUGAGGUGGUAGACAUUUAUUACAAGAGUGACCAAGUGGUGGAAGAGGACCAGGAACUGCAGGACUUCGUGAAUGACGUGUAUGUGUACGGCAUGCGGGGAAAGAAGACCUCAGGUUUCCCCAAGUCCAUCAAGACGAGAGAGAAAUUGUCAGAGUACUUGACUGUGAUCAUCUUCACAGCAUCAGCCCAGCAUGCUGCGGUGAACUUCGGUCAGUAUGACUGGUGCUCCUGGAUCCCCAAUGCUCCCCCAACCAUGAGGGCUCCACCACCAACAGCCAAGGGUGUGGUCACCAUUGAGAAAAUCGUGGAAACGCUGCCAGACCGCGGCCGCUCCUGCUGGCACUUGGGUGCAGUGUGGGCGUUGAGCCAAUUCCAGGAGAAUGAGCUGUUCCUGGGCAUGUACCCAGAGGAGCAUUUCAUCGAGAAGCCUGUGAAGGAAGUCAUGACCCGAUUCCGCAAGAACCUCGAUUCCAUUGUCAGUAAGAUCGCUGAGCGCAACAAGAACAAGAAGUUGCCGUAUUACUACUUGUCCCCAGACCGGAUUCCCAACAGUGUGGCCAUCUGAGUAGUUGUCUGAGCCAGUUUCAGCACCCAGACUCCACAGGCAGCCCAAGGGGGCAAGUCUGGAGCAAAGGAAGUGAGGAUGGUGGCCAGAUCUCCUGCCACUUUGCUCCUGUGAGGCCCCUUCAGAAUUCCUGGGAAGUCCACCCUCAAUACCAGGUUAACUGGCUCCAAACUGAAAAGUUGCCCCAGGUUUGGCCAUACUAGAGCUAAACUUUGGUGUACUGUCUUGCUUAUUCUUUAAUCUGUAAUGAAUCCCAGUUUGGGGAAGGGUUUUUGUUCUUGUUUUUGUUUUUGCCACUAGGCCCACAAAAUUCCUCCUCUCCUGGUGGACUAUUUUAUUCCUCUUUAUUUUUAGUCAGAGAGUGAGAGACAGCAAGAGAAGAGACAUCACAGGACCACCACACCAUCCAUGAAGAUUUCCCAUGCAGGUUUUCCAUGGAUCCUGGAACCUGGGUCCUUGAACAUGGUGAAGCAUGUGCUCUAUUGGGUGAGCCAUCUCCUGCUCCCCCCCAAUCCAGUGUUUUUAUCAAAGUAUAAAAAGACCGCAGGGUCCCCUGAGACACAGUAAAGUGUUGUGGAGCUUCUUGUACUCAAUCUUGUACUUAGCCGACUCUUUCAUACCAGUAAGUGACCAUGAGUCAGAACUGGUAGGUUUUGUUCUUGUUGGAGAAAAAGAGUGAUUUUCUAUUUAUGCCUGGUCUACCUUCUUGCAUUAUGGUAAGCUCUUGGUUUUUGUGGCUCUUGUAGCUGAUAAAUUCUUGUUGAAUAAAUUUAACAAAAAGGUUUUUAUAAAAAUAAAGCUCAUUUAAUAUAA